CCCCGGCCUGCAUGGUGAGGAAGAGAGAGAUGUGAUUGUGCGUGUUUGGGACGAGAGAGAGGAGAGCACAGUGAUCACAAUCAAGGCGAAAGUCCGACCGUGGAGCGAGCGCACUUAACAAUCACGUGGGGCCGUGGAUUAGUACAGGGCGAAAAGUAAAAGUGUCGUCGGAGUGACUUCUACUUGUACUUUGUUUUCCUCCUCUCUUUGCCUUUCGACACCCUCCGCCCUGCAUUCCGCGGAGCAGCUGUGUUUUAAUGCCAGUACGCACCCGAGGUGGAGAAGAAGGAGAGAAGAGUGAGGAAGAAGAGGCAGAAGAAGAAGAAGUAAGAAGGCCUGGACACCACCCGUCCUCGCCCUUUGGAGGUCCGUCCACUCUCCCCUCCUGGCCCUGCAUGGACGGGGAUGGGGAGAGCCGGAUGCUGUUGCCGCGGGGCUGAGCGCCUCGCCUCCCCGUCUCCGGUGCGCCGCUUCCGGCCGCUGCUGCUGCUGAUCAUCGCUCUCUGCUGCGGUGCUCACAUAGGUCAGUGCCAGGUGGCAACCCCUCAGUGCCGUAUCCAGAAGUGCACAACCGACUUCGUCUCCCUGACCUCCCACCUGACUCCGGCCGUGGAUGGCUUUCACACAGAGUUUUGUAUGGCUUUACGUGCGUACUCGGCCUGCACCCAGAGGACCGCCAAGUCCUGCCGGGGGAAUCUGGUCUUCCACUCGGCCGUGCUGGGCAUCUCAGACCUCAUGAGCCAGAGGAAUUGCUCCAGAGAUGGGCCCACGUCCUCCACGCACCCCGAGGUCCAACACGAGCCCUGCAACUACCACAGUCGCACCCAGCAUGCCGACACCCACUCCCACACCCACGUGCACGCACACACGCACUCCCAUGCUCAAGGCCACGACCACGGCCGUGACCACGGCCACUCUCGGCCCGUCUACCUGUUCUGCGGGCUGUUCGGGGACCCACACCUGAGGACGUUUAAGGACAGCUUCCAGACUUGCAAGGUGGAGGGGGCGUGGCCUCUCAUCGAUAAUGACUAUCUGUCGGUACAGGUCACGAAUGUUCCCGUGGUAACUGGCUCCAGUGCCACAGCAACCAAUAAGGUGAGAAGAGAGAAAAUGGGUUUUUGGGUUCUAAUCUGCUGUUAUUAAGGCUGAAAGAGUUUCUUAAGUGAGAGCAGCUGGUGUAAUCUAGUUUAUGUGUGUGUUCGAGAGAGAGAAAUGUUUCUGUAAUGACCUCUAAGUUGCUGUUCUGUGCCUCAGAGUAAGAAAUCUUAUCAGUGUGAGGCUAGAAAACACGCUUGCUCUCCCUGCUCUACUUCUCUCUCUCUUUCUGUCUCUGUGUCUCUCGUAUCCUCGGGCUCACAGGUGUGAGGCUAACGGCUCGAUCUUGUGACUAUCUCUUGUGACUGAAGCAGUGUUGGAAACCUAACUUGGUUUAUGGCUGCAUAUAGCCUGACCUCUAAUAACAUGGAAUGAGAUGUGAAAGGACCCACUGUUUACUCAUGUGUGUGUCUGCAAGUAUUUGUGUGUGUGUGUGU